AUGAAUCCAUCCACAUAUUCUACUAAACAUCCCAUUGUUCUGAGCAUCAAGUCACAUGAUUGGGCAGUGACACAUGAGGUUAUCACCAAAUCCAUCACAUUGAAUGUUGAUCAAGCUAAACAUGCACUCCAAAUGACUAUUGAUGAGGAAUCGGUCUCUGCAACUGGCAAGCCAAAUCAGUAUGGUAUCAUGGCGGCCAUUGGGUGGCAUAGGUCAUAUGACCCCGCAACUGAUGUUGUAUUCUACAAUACUUGUCUCACAAAACUACCCAGUGUUGCUCAAGAGUAUUGUGAUCGGUUGUUCACUUUACUUCCACAUGCUGGACACCAAAUUGUAUCUGAAUCUAUGGAGCGGUAUUCCUUUGAUAUGGUAUCUUUUGACCAAGGAACAACACCUCAACGACCUUUCACUAAUUCCCUUACCUUAACUCACAAUGAUUUUGCAAACUACCUCCACACUGAUUGUGAUCACAUCCCAAUCACAUAUGGGAUGUGGUGGGUAUCUAAGGAUGAAAUGUUAGAGGCCCCUUUCAAUUUCAUCCCCAAGCUGAUCAUUAUUGCAUUCCUGGUGGUUCCUUUUUCUGGGAAAAUGCAGAGGGCAGCCUCUGCAACAUCUACAAAGGUGACCAAGCAGCCGAAGAUGGUCUAA